AUGGAAUUUACGAAAUGGAAGUUACCUGAGCUGGAGGACAGAGCGGCCACAAGGACAGGCCCGGAAGAGCGUGUGAGCCAAAAGGGGGAACGACUGAGAAGGGAGCGCUUAAAUAGGCCACCAGCGCAGCGCCACGGAACGCCAGCGUACCCAACCCCCUCACCGUACCCCACCCCCUCACCGUACCCCACCACCUCACCGUACCCCACCCCCUCACCAUCACCUCACCAUACCCCCUCACCAUACCCCACCCCCUCACCCCCAUCACCUCACCAUACCCCACCCCUCACCAUACCCCACCCCCCACCCCCUCACCAUACCCCACCCCCUCACCAUACCCCACCCCUCACCAUACCCCACCACCAUACCCCACCUCACCAUACCCCACCCCCUCACCAUACCCCCCCCUCACCAUACCCCACCCCCUCACCAUACCCCCACCUCACCAUCCCCCUCACCAUACCCCACCCCCCACCCCCUCACCAUACCCCACCCCCUCACCAUACCCCACCCACCUCACCAUACCCACCUCACCACCCCACCCCCUCACCAUACCCCACCCCCUCACCAUACCUCACCAUACCCCACCUCACCAUACCCCCACCCCCUCACCCAUACCUCACCAUACCCCACCCUCACCAUACCCCACCCCCUCACCAUACCCCACCCCCUCACCAUACCCACCCCCCCUCACCAUACCACCCACCCCCCACCAUACCCACCACCUCACCAUACCCCACCCCCAUCCCCCACCAUACCCCACCCCCUCACCAUACCCCACCCCCCUGA